AUGGGCCAUAAUACAUAUGGAACAGCUGCAGAUAAGAAUCGAUCAGACAUAAUCGAUAAUAUUAAUGAAAUAUUAAAUAAACUAAUUCAACAACAAUUAGAAAUAGAUGAAGGCAAGAGAAUCAAUGAAUAUCGAAAUAUAUACAAUAUAUAUAGUCAUGAAAUAAUAGUAACACAUGUAAACAAUAGUCCACCAGAAGUGAUAUUUGGUAAAAGAAUGGACAAGCAUGCAUAUAUACUGGAUCUAGCAGCAAAAAUACCUAUAGAAGUCUAUCAAAUAAUAGCAGGGCAUAAAGAGGUUUAUACCAUGAUAUGGGAAACACCCAAUAAUAAAUUAAUACAACAAAUUGCACAGAUUUAUGAAGUAGCAAAAUUAAGAGAAUUUGCUAAUAAUGUAUUGAAUAAAGAAACAAUACAAGAAGAAUGGUCCAAAGAAAAGAACAAAGAAUUAGAACAAAACAAAGAAAUUUAUAAAGGAAUGGCAGCAAUACCUUUUGGGAUGCAAUUUGAAGAACCAGCUAUAAUAGAUUUAGCUGAUCAAAUGAGAUAUGUGCAAGAAGAAAUUAAAAGAUUUAAAGAAACUAAUAGAAUAUCAGAAGAUCAACAAGUGUGGAAAAAUAAAGAUAUAAUUGAACAAAUAGAAGAUGAAUAUCAAUUUAAUAAAAAAAAGGUUUAUAGAAGUCAAAAGUUGAUAAAAGGAAAACCACAACCUGAACCAUUCCUACCAGAAGGUGCUAUUCAUAAUAGAUAUAUACCAAAAGAUAAUACUUAUAGAGAAAGGCCUAUAUCUCCAACUUCUAGUGAAAAAGACUUUAGUCUUAAAAGUAGAAACAUAGGAGAAUGGCUAAAAAGCCAAGCAAAAGAACCACCUAGACCAAAAAACAAAAAUGAAGAAAUAACAUCUGAAGAUAAAAAAGAAAUGAAUGAAUUAGAUAACAUUAUAGAAAAUAAUGUGCAAGACUAUUUUGAAAAUAAGUAUAAUAAUCAAGAAGAAACAGCUUAUAAAUAUACUUUACCUAAAGUGGCAUGCCAAAAUUAUGAAAGUAUUCAACACGAAUAUGAAAAUAAUAAAGAAGAAACAAACAAAGGAUAUGGAAUAGCAGAAACAGAUAAAGAAAAUAAUAGUCUAUAUGAACAUUUUAGAGAAAUGCCAAUAGAAAUAUGA